AUGGCAAAGCCUUUACAAAAAGAAAGGGAAAACAGAUCAGCUGAAAAGAAAGAUUUAUCUUUUCACCCGUACAAUAUAACACCAGAGAGUGCUCAUACGUCUAUAUUGCUUCUUGAAUCUGCUGAGUCCGAAAUACUUUGUCAGACUCUUCGGGCAAUUACAAAAUUUGCAGCUCAAGAAAUGCAAAACCGCUAUGUGCUUUUUAAUCUUAAUGCGAUAAAAUACAUUCUGCCACACGUCGAACAUUCUGAAUUAAACAUAAGACGUUUUGCUUUAAAAGCUUUGGCUCAGCUAUGUCAGCUGCCACGAGGACCGGAACAAGUACUAGAUAACUCACAGAAUUUAAGAAAAAUUGCCUUUAUGUUGGUUAAAGUUGAAGAUGUAUUUGUUUUGGAAUUUGCGUCGCUCGUGUUAUCGGAAUUGACAAGAGAGCCUCUUGGCUGUGAGCAGUUGGUGUCAGCUAACAUUCUAAAUAGUUUGUGUAACCGAAUGAAGAACAGUCUAGAUCCUGACGUCCAAAAGAAUUGCUUACAGACGUUAAGCAACUUGCUCGAAGACCCAAUUUGUGCGUCAGAAGUAACCAAGAACCAACAAUUCAGCUGGCCUUCACUGCUGGCUCUCAUGCAAAGUAAAUACCUGGCAAUCCAACACGCGGCGCUCAAAACUGUCGAUCAAUUAAUAUGCAGGUAUAAAGAUCAAAAUGUACAAAAGACAUUUCGUGCUUCAACCGGAGUUUUGGAUCUUUGCGAUAUUUUAGAGUCGUACGAGUUCCGAGACGUGCACACGCAAGUGCUGGGUGUGUUGAGGAAUUAUGUGGAGACGGAGGAGAACGCGUCUCAUCUGUAUCAGUCGGGAUGUAUCUUAAGACUACUGGCCUACCUCGAGAUGGCGCUGCCAGCGAUGAAGCCACACUGCCUCGCUGUACUCACUAAGAUGUCUUUCACGGCCAAUGGACGCGAUGCUUUGUUCCAAACAGGCACAGACUUAGUGUUCUGCCAUCAACUCUUGAGCUCUAAUAGCGAACUGCUAGCUGAUGCCGCUAUGGGUGUAGCCAAUAUGACCAAACUUCUACCAGCGGCCGUUCGCAUGUCUGAUACUAAUAUUAUUGAAGCACUUUGUGCAAUCUUAGGUGAUGACGCUGCUGUGUGGUUUUAUAUACGAAUCAACGCGUUACGAGCGUUGGCUGAACUCUGUCUUAUAAUACCCAAAGCUGCUUUUAGCGUCAUUGAACCGAAAACGUUUGCAGCUUUGAGAAACAUUAAUAAAAAAUUCAAGGAUACGCCAAUAGAAGCUCAGCGUCUGGCCGUCCAAUGCUACCUCAACCUACAGAGUUACCACGUCAGCACUAAAGCCAUGCUCAAUGGUGACUUUAUGGCGGAACUCUUGAAUAUAUUGCAACGUAUCGACAUUAGACUCAAAAUUAUGACUUGCGGAGUUUUAAGCGGUCUUAUGAAUGAAGAUGAUAUAGCAAAGGAUUUGUUUACUGCUAAGCAGGGAGAACAGGUGGUUUCGGAAAACUUACACGUGGAACACAUAGGGUUGAGAACUGCUCUCUGUCAGUUGAUAUGUGCCAGCGUGACAGAGGACGGGGCUGAUGCUUAUCUGGAACUUGGGACUCUGCAUUAG